AUGAGUACCGAUCCUCAAUCAACUCGGGAGCCAGCAUCUGGUCCGAGAUCCGGUCCCUCCUUCCUACCUACAAAUACCAUCCGUACAAAUAACCUCAAUGGUUCCGAAGGCGAAGGGCCAUUCAGCAGCCACAAUCCCCAAGAGUCGACGGUUACGACACCUCGACCUAAUACCGCACCCAAUACCCAACCUCGGCCGAUGCAUGGAUCGGAAGAUGCAACAACUCCUACAACAGUCUCAUUCAGACCAGUCUCAGAUGCGCUUGCCAAUCAAAGACCCCUCCCACAAGCCCCGUUCGAUGUCGCCGCGACCAUUCCAGAAACCGUGGCAGGUUUGACAGCCAUGAACAGAAAUAAUUCGACGAGGUCAAAUAAUUCUAUUGGGUCUGAGGAUGUUGAUAUGGACAAAUCCGAUGCUGCUAGUUCCAAUGGCAAUAGCCCAAGACCGCACAAGAAGAAGAAGAGUCAGAAAUUCUAUUGCACGGAUUAUCCGCCAUGUAACCUCAACUUUACCAGAACAGAGCAUUUGCAGCGUCAUAUAAGAAAACACACAGGAGAACGUCCCUACGAAUGCUUUUGUGGACGUUACUUCUCUCGAAGAGACAAUUUACGCCAACAUGCUCAAACGGUACAUCAAAAGGAGGAAAUCCCCCCAGGAUCGUUGGCAGCCACUAGUACAAGAUUUCCCAGACAGCCUCGUACAGAUAGAUCUAAGCCCCCUGGCAGACAACGAGCUGCUACAGUGAGCGAACAGGUACCAUCAUAUCGUGGUCAUCAUCGAAAUUCCUACUCCACUUCCAGCAUAAUGUCGAAUAUGUCGCACGCAUCGAGUUAUAGUCAAGCACACAAUCUCAGACGCCCACUUGCUCUACAAAUGCCUAGCCCCUUAACAAGACGCCCAAGUUCACCUGGAGGUUACAGUACGCCCACCUCUGCUACUUUCUCAACUGGUCAAAAUAGUCCGCGAUGGCCAGCGCUCGGGUUUCAAUCAUCUCCUGGUCCAGGCGUAGGUGUACAAAUACCAGCUGGUCGCAUUUAUGACGGACAUCAUACGCCUGGUCGAAGAUUGUCUACACCCUCGGCAGCAAAUCCGUUUUCCCCUACUGGUCCCGCUUCCAACCCUUUUGGCACGUCAUCAAAUUUCUCUGCAGCGGCACCCUAUUCGCCAAGUUUAGUUUCAAGCCCUACAAACUCGACAUUCAACAAUGGUGGACAAUCGAUGGCUGCCCACCAUUCAGAUAUGGAUAAUAGAAGGAGAACCUGGCACCAAGGAACCAAUGCGGCUACACUAGCAUCAUUCACCACCAGACUGCAUAGUGUUAUGAACGCAAACCAUUACGCUGAUGGUCCUAUACCUGAACCGGCCGCGAUUCUUCGCAGUAAUGCCCCUCCGCAAGAACAUGCAAGACUUCCUGGUAUCUCAAGCUUGUUGCCUGGUAGAGGAGAAUCUCCUCCACCUCGCCGUAGUCGAGACCAAAUGAUGAUUGACAGACCACAUUCUUAUCAUCAGCCAAGCAUUAGUAUGAAUGAGCGUCCAAGAGAAAAUAUUGUGGAUAGACCAGCGUCAUAUUAUCAGCCAACUUCUGACAUGUCUAAUCGUGGUCCAAGUCAAAGAAUGAUCGAUAGACCACCUUACUAUCAGAACAAUACUUCCAUGUCUGAUGACCCUCGUCCGACUCAAAUGAUGACCGAUAGACCAAAUUCUUACCACCAGCCAAACCCGAUUGUGCCUGAACGUCGUCCAAGUCAAAUUAUGACUGAUAGAUCAAGCUCUUAUUAUCAACCAAGACAUUCCAUAUCAGAAUCGGUCUCCUAUUCUAACCCAAGACCAAUGCCUUCCAGAGACCGACCUCUUAGCUCUCAUCUUGAUCGACAAUUUACACAACUCGAAAUUCACGGCCCACCACAUGCGGAUGCUGCGAGCUGGGCCAACGAGACAGCUCGUGCUGUUCAUGCAACUGCACAACAAUCACAGGCCAAUCAGCCAAGAGUAACGUUUGAGCAGCCAGCACUUGGCCCUCGAACAGGGGCAUCUUCGUCUUACCACCACAAGCAUACCGCUAGCCUACCUGUAAACAUGCACAGAUCAAACAGACGCGAUGGAUGGUACAACGGUCCAGUAGUAUACCAGCAGACUUCUGACAAUAGAUUCCAAGGAACAUCUCCGGAAGGAUCGACUGGCUCCGAAGGUGCAGCGCCUAUCACUCCACAAAGUGCCACCGCGACAGAUUAUAACCCUGCCGUUGUACGAUCCAAUGGAUAUCACGAGGAGCCUUCUCGAACAAUUCAGCCUCAACCACCAGCUGUUCACCACUACCACACACUAUCAAAUGGCAAUGAACAUUCUUACACACAUAAGCCCCCUACCUCAAGCCAAACUAUGUAUCCGCAAGUCCCUCAAUCAUCUACGCAACAUUAUCGCACUGAAGGAUUGGACGCUCUGGCAGCAGCCGCAACAAGUGGUCAGAUCAGUGUACACGACAAUGCAUUUUGA